ACCUAUUAUUGUUUCGCCGAUCAACCAAAGUAGGGAAAGGCAAAAUGAAAUCUGCAUUAACUCCAUUCAUCGGCUUCCAGCUUACCGUGCUCUUCACUCUGCAACUAAACCUACUUCCCGCUGUUUCCCUCCCCUGCCGCAGCUUCUGCGGCACCAUUCCGGUGAAGUACCCGUUUGGAGUCGACGAGGGCUGCGGAGCACCGCAGUACAAGGGAAUGCUGAACUGCAGCACCGACCUUUUCUUCCUGACACCCUCCGGGAACUACAAAGUCCAGUCCAUCGACUAUGACAAGAAGACAAUGGUGGUCUACGACCCAGCCAUGUCCACUUGCUCCAUUCUCCAACCCCACCACGACUUCCUCAUGUCCGAUAUCCAGUCCGCGAUGAUCCCUCCGGCGUCGGAUACCGUCUUUGUCCUCCUCAACUGCUCCAUCGACUCGCCUGUUCUCAACCACUACAAGUCUCUCUGCUUCAACUUCUCCGGCCACUCCUGCGAUGAGCUCUACAGCGCCUGUACCUCGUUCAAGCUUUUUCACCUCCUCUCCAACAGCUCUCCGCCGUGUUGCUUCACGGGCUACGAUACUGUGAAGUACAUGAGCAUGAAUAUACUGGACUGUUCUCAUUACACUUCUGUGUAUGACACCGAUGGGUUGAAGGGUAUUGGACCAUUGGACUGGUCGUAUGGGAUUAAACUUUCGUAUGCCAUUCCAGACACUGGGUGCGAACGCUGCACAAGGUCUGGAGGGACUUGUGGGUUCGACACACAGACUGAAGGAACGCUGUGCAUUUGCUCGAGCUCCACGAACUCUACGAGAGAAUGUGCUGGAGGCAGUCUCGCCAGUACGGAAGGAAGCCAGAGUCCAUUGAAGAGAUCGUUCCGAGUUUUGCUUUGGGUCUUGGCUGCAGUACUGGGUGUGGUUUUGUGAUGAUGGCAAUUUUGUGAUAUAAUCACAUUUGAGGCUUUUUAGGAAUGAAAAAAGUGUUUCCAUUGCUUUGCUUACAUCGGGUCGGGUUUGCGGUCAAUCCAAACCCAACUUAAAUCAAAGAACGCUAUGUCUAGAUUCUAAUUAUCUAAAUACAACUCACAAUUUUAUUUAUUUA